CAUGCUUCUUCCAUUGAACAUGGCGGACUUCCGCUACCAAUUCACCCUAUUCGCCCAAAAUCAGGCUCUGGUGGCAAACUUCUUGAAGGUAUUUCUUGUGAUAGUUGGCGUCUUGCGGUAGAAACCAACAAUCUCCGGAACUGGAAGACUGUUCCAGCUGAAUGUGGAGAUUAUGUUGGUCAUUACUUGUUAGGCCAAUACUAUCGUCAAGACUCGAGAUAUGUCACGUUGGAGGCUGCAAAGUAUGGUGAGAGUAUUAACCGCACCAGAGACGGUAAAGAUAUCUGGGUAUUUGACACCGACGAAACUACGUUAUCCAAUGUACCUUACUACGCCACACAUGGAUUUGGGGUUCAACCAUAUAACGACACAUCUUUCAACGCAUGGGUCGAUACCGGGAAAGCUCCAGCCUUGCCGGAAACUCUCGUGUUAUACAACCGGUUACUAUCUUUAGGAUUCAAAGUUGUGUUCCUAACUGGAAGAGCAGAAAUGCGCAGAGAAGUUACAAGGAAAAAUCUUCGUGCAGCUGGAUAUAGAAACUGGGAGAAACUCCUUCUAAGGCAACCAUCAGAUGCACAUAAGCCAGCAGUUGUGUUCAAAUCAGAACAAAGGGCAAAGCUCGUAAACCAAGGGUAUCGAAUCCAGGGAAACAUCGGAGAUCAGUGGAGUGAUAUUCUGGGAACUGACAUCGGCAGCAGAACAUUCAAGUUGCCUGAUCCUGUUUACUAUAUUAGUUGA